AUGGUUCAAUACGCAAACUUCCUCUUUCCGCUUUAUGUCUACCCAAUCAACAAUGCUUGGGAGCCGUUGACCUCCGCGGCUGCGCAGUACCCAGACGUCACAUUCACAGCAGUCAUCAACCCGUCGACUGGCCCAGCCCCAGACGCAAAUGGCUGCCCCAAUAAGGACUAUGUCGAGGGUAUCGCGUCGCUGAACAAGUACCCCAACAUCCACACUAUGGGCUACGUCCACACUGCCAACAAAUGGGACUGUGGCGAUGCAAAGAAAGAUAUCUGUUUCUGCACUGCACCAGCUGCUGAUGUAAAGGCAAACAUCACAACCUACGCCAGCUGGAAGACCAAAGGCUGCCCCGGAUGGAGUACCGUCAACCCAGACAUCCACAUCAACAGCAUCUUCAUCGACGAAGCACCUGGCAAGGAUGGCGGCAGCUGUCUCAGCUACAUGACCGACUUGACAAAUCACGCCAAGUCAUCUCUGACCACCAGUACCGGGGGUGAGGUGCUCUUCAACGCUGGCGCCGAAAUCGAACUAUCCUACUUCGACGUCGCCGACGUCGUCAUCAUUCUAGAGGAUACCCAAGAUAGGUACGAACAAAUCCCUGACAUUGGCGUCCGCAACGGCAACGGCAAGUACGCCAGGAAAUCGUCCAUCAUCAUCCACUCGGCCAGCAACGCUACCAACAUAAUUCAAAGGGACACCAGCACCGUGCUGAGAGUCGACAAGGAUGCUUUCCACAGCAUGUUCUAUACCGAUCGCUCGACCGAUCAGUAUGCGUACUUUCCCUAUGACUGGGCUGAGAUUGUCAAGGAGGUCAAUGUGGUUGCGCAGGCAAACAAGGCUAUUCUCGGUGCUUAG